AUUACCAUAGGAUUGUUCCAAUUAUACUUCAAAACAAUUGGAUAUUAUGUUUAAAACACCUCCCUGUCCUGCCUGAAAAUAGUUAAUAAUAUAAAUAUCAAAUCCAUAACUACCAAAGAAACAGACUUAGUUAUGGCGGGAAUGGAUAACUACUCUAGCUUAAAAUUUAAAGCGGAGUGUGAACUGCAAGAUGAUCCCCUGAGCAAGGAGCAUCGGACUAGGGACAGGGUUAAUCCGGAUGAUGAUAUAUCGGAUCGAAAAUAUCUAGUCGUCGGCGUUCAGUGGGUCUCCCUGGUCACCGAGAACCUGCUUAGCCAUCCGUUUGUGGUGCUGCGCCGGCAGUGCCAGGUGUACAAUGCCUCGAGACGCUACCAUUUGCAUCCCUUCCAGCUUCUGCCCAGCAUCGUCCACCUGCACAGAAGGCAGGGACUGACGACCCUGUGGAAGGGCGUGGGCAGCUGCCUACUGGUGCGCGGCAUGACGCUGGCCAUCGACGACUUUAUCUCGAAGGUGACCAGCUGGCCCAAGGAAGUCAAUAGUCGCACCACGCUAAAGCGUUUCGGACAGCAUCUCCUGCUCAAAUGCAUAAGUAUCGGCCUGGUGGUGCCCUUCCAUGCAGCUUCUCUCGUCGAAACGGUGCAAAGUGAUAUUGCCAGCGAGAAACCCGGUCUUUUCGAUGUAUUCCGGGAGGGAAGUCUGCGCUUGUUCUACUGGAGCUCCCCGCAAAAGGGCCGUAUGCUACCAGCCUGGGCUCUGAUCGGGCCAAGUGUCGCCUUUGGCAUCACCAAGUAUCUGUUUAAUCUCGUGAUACGGGGCGUGUCCUCGCGCAUAAUGCAGCGUCGCAUAACGAAUUCCCAGGACGGCCAGGGUGGAAAGUACCAGGAAAUCUAUGCCAGCCUUAUUGCUAUCCUAACCACUGAGGUCAUGUUCUUCCCGUUCGAAACGAUUCUACACCGUCUGCAAUUGCAGGGAACACGAACUAUAAUCGACAACCUCGACAAUGGCUACGAUGUCGUACCCAUUCUAACAAACUAUCAAGGAGUCAUCGAUUGCUAUCAGACAACGAUUGUCUCCGAGGGAGUUAGUGGCCUCUACAAGGGCUUUGGAGCCAUGAUCCUGCAGUUUGCGGCACACGUGGCCGUCAUCAAAUUGGCCAAAUGGGUUGUGAAUCAAAUCGUAGAGGUCAUGUCCAACCGACCACCACAGCAAAUAGUGAAGUACUAUAAUCUGGAUGAGAAUGCUUGCAACUCCAGGUCCACGACCUUGUCGCCAAGCCUUUCCAGUACCGAAUGUAGUCUUGGGCAGAAUUCACAAGAUUAGUUAAUGGCUAGUCAAAUUAUAUUGCAUAUGUAAAUUAUAUAAAUAUUUGUUUCUUUA